UUGCGGAGUGAAAUACGCAGACUAUCAAGAUUUGCAAAUUAUGAAGAUAUUCAUUUCCACGGUGGUUAUCGCUUUUGUGCUGAAUUGUCUCGACCAAGGAUUAGGAAAGGAAAAUAAAAUUCCAGAAGAGCGGAAGUUAAAACCUCAACUGCCGCCAAUUUUAAUGGGGAAAAAGCCAUGCUGCCCAAGACGAAAUAACAUGUUAAUCGAUCUCACGAAGAGGAUUUCCAGAGGGAGUGUGCAGGGUGUAUCUCAACUCAAAUUUAAAUCACCAACGUCAGCAAAAGUAAAGUGCGGAGUAAUGGCUGAUCUCAGGGUUAACUUUCAAAGGUUUUCCAAUUGCCUGUCUGAUUGGACACAUUGUCAGUGUGUUUCAUUCCCGAUGUGUGGGCAGCGCCUGUUGAGAAUUGACAUGUUUUUGGGUAAACAACGUAAAGGUUACAUGUUCAACGUCGGAGAUAGUCCAAGCAAUGAUGGUUGGGGUGGCGAUUCUGGACAUACGAAACAUGAUGCUGAAAUAAUGGGAUACUACCCGAGGAUCUUGGGAUACAAAUCCGAUUUUUGCAAAAGUCAGAGAACUCAAUGGUCAAACACUCUUCUGGCACCAGGCGUUAAACGAGUCACGAUGUUUGCGGGCAACAAUUACGUCAGGAUCAAGAAUGACCAGGGAUUUGAGAUGAAAGAAUGCCAUGAAUGCGGCUUUGCUCUCAAUGGACAGGACCCCAACGAUAGCGCCAACACUUUGUACAUGGCAUUCAACAACAUGAUAAAGGGAACUCACCGAAAUGGGUAUGGAGUGUGUUACGUCAGAAUCCGCUGGGAAUGUCCGGAUUGCUAAGUCUAUCACUGUAACGGAUGAUCUCGUCAAUGAAGAUAAAGGAAGCUCUGUAACUACGCUUCUAUAUUUUGUUUUGUAAUAAAGUUCCUGUAUUGAU